AUGGUAUCGGACGGUCUGGACUGGUCUCUCGAUCACGGGUACCUGUUCCCGCACGCAAUACAAACACAUAUCUACCACGUAGUAGGUAGUUCAAGUGAAGUGAGUGAAAGGAAAAUUAGAGAGGUCAAGGGCAAAGACGACGAGGGGGUGCAUGCCAGCCACCGAAGUCCGGCCAAGACGGCAUCCAGCAACAAGAGACCUGGGGCCGGUCAGCCUAUAGGAGGUGCAGGCGGCGGUGAUGCUGGCUGCAGCGGUCUGCCGGUGAAAGGGUUGGAGGCACAUCGUCAAGUAGUCAGAGUGCGGGAACAUGGGUUGGGUCAUGGAAGAUCGGAAAUACAACACCAGGACCCCUCUGUGCGCAACCCCAGAGAGACAAGGCCUGUCAUCUUGCUCCUGUGCUUGUUCGGCCACGCGCUGAACAGGGACCAGGUCUGGAGCACACCGUUGUGCUGGCCGCACGCACAUACACACACCUACGCAGAUUUCAUGUCCACGCAGGUCCAAUCCACUCGCUGCGCUGCACUACAUGGUGCAUCGAGUCCGUCGUCAACGCAUAUCGCGCAAUCGACUGCGGAGAGUGUAGGUCGACUCGACGUUGACUCGACGCCGACUCAACCGACCUGA